UCAUUUCGCAGGCCAAAUGGAGAAUGUCAAGGUGAAGGAGGACCCGGAACUGAGGAUGAAGCCUAGCUCGGUCAUCACCACCGACCAGCACCGGCACAGGAGCAGAGGUCGCAGAGAGUCGGGUAGCGGCGAUGGAACGUCAGGCGAACUCCCGCGAAGCAACUCCAGCUCCUCCACCCGAGUCUCGUCUCCCUACACACCCAACAUCACAAAACAGCACACAUCGCUGAACGGCGUGGCGCCGCUGGCCGGCCGCGGCGCGACGCCCUCGCCACCGGAGCCGGACCUGCCGCCGCUGCGGCACCUGACCAAGGUCAAGCGCUUCCUCACCACGCUGCAGAAGUUUGGCCUCGACAUCUCGGAGGAGGUCGGCGAGCGCGUGCGCGCGCUCAUCCUCAGCCUGGUGAACGGCUCGGUGACGAUUGAGGAGUUCCAUGGCGCGCUACAGGAGGCGACUCACUACCCGCUGCGGCCGUUCGUCGUGCCUUUCCUGCGCGCGAACCUACCGCUGCUGCAGCGCGAGAUGUCCCACCACGCCCGCCUCGCCAAGCUGACCAUGCAGCAGUACCUCCGGCAGCAUGAGUACAUGCUGGUGGACCCCACGUACACGGCGCACGAGCCGUCCGAGAUAUUCAGCGCCGAGGCGCACGACCUACGCAAGAGAAAAUCCUCCGACAAUUACUACGAGAUCGGCUCGGAGACGCGGACGUACUCGCCGCCUUUGAAGCGUCUUCACACCAACGGCCUGCACUCUCCGCCGUUUAGCGCACACACGCUCUCCCUCAACGGUGACGUCAGACCGGUGACGUCACGCGCCCUGAGCCCUCGGGAGGAGGAGCGGAAAACGGCCGACACGGACGAGUGGAAGAACAUCCACGUGAUGCUGAACUGCAUCUUGAGCAUGGUGGAGAAGACGAAGCGAGCGCUGACGAUGCUACAGCAGCGGCCGACCGACGGCUCGGAGCCGGCUGGCUGGAGCCGCGCCGGCGACGCGACCGACAUCAAACGCCAGGCUAGCGAGAUCAUGGCGCAGACAGUCAAAGCCACCGAGGAGCGCGUGGCCGAGGUCCGACGCCGAGCCGAGGACGCGGUGAACGAGGUGAAGCGUCAGGCGGUGUCUGAGCUGCAAAAGGCGGUGACCGUGGCCGAGAACCGCGCCGGCGAGCUGAUCUCGGCCGAGCGCUGCCGUAUCGAGGCGUUGCUCGCCGAGGCCCGCAAGCUCGGCGCCGAGGAGGCGCUGGCCGCCACCAACAAGCAGACGGAGGGCUCAGAGAGCUGCUGGAACUGCGGUCGGAAGGCGACCGAGACGUGCAGCGGCUGCAACGCGGCUCGCUACUGCGGCUCCUUCUGCCAGCACAAGGACUGGGAAAGCCACCACAAGCGAUGCGCCGCCGGCCCGGCGCCCGAGCGCGCCAAGACGCCGCCCGAGCGCAGCGACCCGGCCGGCGCCGAGCCGCCCGCCGCGCGCUGAGGCGCCGCGCCAGCGCCAGUCGCCGAGCAACCGGAAGCUGUACAUUGCGCUAGCGUCCGCGCCGCCCACGACGUGAUGCUUCAAUGUAGAUAGGCACUCUGUUAGUGAUCUUUUUCGGACGGGAGGCGCGGCGAUUUUUUUCUUUUCGCUCGGAGUGUCGUCACUGUGGGUGUUGGCGAGUCGCCUUCGGACCGCUUGCCCUCGUCAUCUUCAUUUCGCCGCGCGGUAGCGCGCCGGGCUCGCCUCGGCGCGGUCAGUGUCUCGCUACGGCCGCUUCUCGUGCUUCGCAUUGGUGUCCGCUUCGUCGCGCCUUUCCGUCGGCUCUCCCCCGCUCCGUAGGCGCCCUUGUACAAACGGGAGACAUACAGACCGCUGCCACUCCGGCAUGCAAUAACGUGUGAUAGCGGGUUGGGCGCGCUCCGGAGGUCACACCGGCCCCGCGCCCCGGGAGCUCCGGGUGCGCGUGCCGGCCGCGGAGGGCGAGCGCGCUGGUGCGUGGAGUAUGAGGGGGGGGGGGGGGG